GUCCAAUGAGAGCCGUCCUCUUGUUGGAACAUUUGGUAAUCUGCUAGACGAAAUUUUGACAAGGUGAAAAGCUAAGGACAGAAACAGAUCUAGAAAAAUGGAAAAGCUAACUGAGAUUGAGUUUACUGGGAUAAGUGUACAAGACAAAGCACCAAGAAACUUGUCAAACAAUGCUUCCAGCAUUCUGAUUCAGGAGGAUGAUAUUGAGACCCCCUUUGGCAAUCUUCAUGUUGCCAUUCAAGGAGACAGAUCAAAACUUGCUAUCUUGACAUUUCAUGAUAUUGGUCUCAACAGUACUACAUGCUUCCAAGGAUUCUUCAAUUUCAUUGACAUGCAACCAAUCUUGCGGCAUUUCUGUGUGUACCAUGUGAACGCGCCAGGACAAGAAGACGCAGCUCUUCAACUCAGACCUGAGCAAGAUGCCCUAGGCAACCCAGAUUCGUUGGGUAACAGGUUCACAUAUCCCUCUAUGGAACAACUAGGGGAGAGCAUUCAAUCUGUUGUUGAUCACUACAAGAUCAAAAGAUUCAUUGGCUUUGGUGUUGGAGCAGGAGUUAAUGUUCUUUGUAGAUAUGCUCUGAGUCAUCCAGAAUUUGUAGAUUCCCUCGUGUUGGUCAAUGGAACAGCUGACAAAGCUGGCUGGGUGGAGUGGGGAUAUCAGAAGCUGAACUCCUGGUAUCUUUGGCGAGGGAACAUGACCACUUUUACAGAAGAUUACCUCCUUUGGCACUGGUUUGGAUCUAAAACCCAGUGGGAGAAUUAUGAUCUGACAACAGUCUACAAGGAAUACAUCAAAAGUGUCAACCCUCAGAACCUGUCACUCUUCAUUGAGGCAUACCUAGCGAGAACUAGUCUUGGUAUAGAGAGAGAACUGGACCCAGUGAGGAGGAUUGGAACUAAAACCCUUCAGUGUCGAACCCUGUUAAUCGUUGGCGAUGAUUCUCCUCACCUGGAUGAUGUUGUUGAGCUCAAUGGACAGCUGGAUCCAGAGAAAACAGAUUUCCUCAAGAUUCAGGACUGUGGAGGUAUGCCACUGGAAGAACAACCUGGAAAAGUCUGCGAAGCAUUCCGUCUGUUCCUACAGGGAAUGGGAUAUGUUCCUACACUGCGUCAAAAAACCAGCACCGUGUCACAAGUACAGAAGAACUACCAACACCAGCUGCAGGAUUUUAAAGAAAUGAACACUGUAUGUUGAUCUGAUAGAUUACCAUGCCAGAUACACUGGAUACGCAAACUACAAAAAGACUCCGAACCUUCAACUCCGGAUAACACACAGCAUUUGUACUGCAAUAUUCACUUCUUUUUUUGACGUAGUUGUAGAUUUGUGGACAAUACUUCGUUGUCUGUAGCUGGACGGCCAUAAAAUACCAAAGCUUCAUCGUUUAAAGUGCAAUGCUUCAAUGUGUUCCUCUUACACCCAUAAAUCACAUCGUCAGGAAAAAAAAGGAAGUGGCAUUCUAUGUGUAAAUAAAUACUGAAAUCUGUGAUUGAAUGUGAGUGUAUGCUGUAAAAACAUAGGUAAAAACCAGAAUGAGUAUGUCAAACAUUCUUAGAAUCUCAUCUUAACAGAUCGUAAAUGUUGUAAAGUACAAUUCAUAAAUUUCUCAGCAUUGUAGAUUUGUGACUAAAUGUUCAAAGGAAGACUUUUUAAAGCCAAAUUUUUAUCCCGUCAAUGUUCAUGCUUCAUCAUUUUUUUGAAAUUUUUUUUAUUAUCACAAACCAAAUUUGAAACUGUACAAUGUACAACUGUACAUGUGUAUCACUGUUUCUCGGUUUUUUCCCCCCUCAAACAUCAAUGCUUGUACAUAAUGUUGUUAAGACUUUUGCAUUCAGUGUUUUGUUCGAAUGAUAUUUAUUGUUAGAUAUUUGUUUUAUACUAUAGUUUUAGUACAUACAUGUAUAUUUGUUAUAUUCUUCCUUCUUGUUGUAUUAUAAUGUAUAUAAAAAAUGAAUUUAACUGAUUUUGCUUUACUAUUUGUAAUAAAUCAUGAAAGGAGA